AUGCUCGCGUCAACUGUCGUCGCUUGGAAAGACGGCAGCAAAUGGAUUCCUGGGCCAACUGACGGCACCGAUGCAUUGGCAGCACAAGGCCUUGCCAACCUCGCGGUUUACAAGGCAGCUCAUCGUACAAACGCCUCAACGACCUGCACCCUGGAAACAGCCUCCCGCCGCCAAGAAUGGGACUCCUUGACCACACAGCAAAAGCUUGCCUACAUCUCCGCCGUCCAAUGCAUGAGUACCCUCCCCUCCUUGAGCAACCCCGUCGACGUCCCCGGCGCGCGGAAUCGUAUCGACGACUUCACAGUCACACACAUCAACCUGACCCACAGCGUCCACGGCUCGGGCCUCUUCCUUCCUUUUCACCGCUAUUUCCUUCAGAAAUGGGAAACCGCCCUACGAGAGGAAUGUAACUACAACGGCUCCCUACCCUACGUCUCCUGGGGCCGCUACACCAACUCCGUCAUCGGCGCCCCCAUCUUCUCCGGCGGUGCAGACUCCUUCAGCAACAACGGCGCCCCUUUAUCUCCCCAUCCGCAGAUCACUCUCCCCGGUCCGCCACCUUUGAAUUUAAAUUCUGGGCCUGGCGGCGGAUGCAUAUCCCAGGGAGCAUUCGCCUCUCUCCGCGUGCACCUCGGACCCCUCGGAAUGAGCGGCAUCGGCGACAAUGUGUCGCCUCCGAACCCGAGAACUGAUGGUUUGGGUUAUAAUCCCCGGUGCAUACGCACGGAUCUGAGCGUAGAGUUGGCGAGGGGAGCGAGUGAUGCGAAUACGACGAAGUUAAUUCUGGGCAACGAUAACAUCGGAGAUUUCCAGGACGAAAUGCAGGGCUUCAUAAAAGAGGGGCAGCAGCCCUUUUAUGGAGUGCAUACGUCCGGGCAUCUCAUGGUAGGGAGUGAUCCGAUUGCGGACUUCUUUGCUAGUCCUGCGCAUCCGUGGUUUUUCUCGCAUCACGCAAUGAUCGGUAUGGCCAUCUGGCAAAACCUUGACAUCGAGAAACGGACGAAUACCAUCGCCGGCACCAUCACGUAUCGCAAUAUGCCACCAAGUCGCAAUGCUACACUGGACGACAUCAUCGAUGUAGGUGUCAACGACGCUUUCCAAGGAAUCAAGGUCCGAGAUGCCAUGAGCACGACUGAAGGACCGUUUUGCUACAUCUAUGUGUGA